AAUCCGUUUAACAAGAUUAAGGGGGCAGAGGCAGGGGACAAGUUACCAAAGCCUUUCCCCACCCCCUUCUUCCCCCCACUCAGAGGAUUAAGGAUGGGGCCCCAGGGGACUCGGGGAGAGAGAGAGACACAUGCAGUAGAGUGAAAUGUGCAAGAGAGCUGUGGAGUGUGUGGCCUGUCUGUCUGCAAAACAGGACAAUGACCCCAAACAUACAGCCAAUGUCAUUAAGAACUAUCUUCAGCAUAAAGAAGAACAUGGAGUCCUGGAAUUUAUAUGGCCCCCACAGAGCCCUGAUUUCAACAUAAUUGAGUCUGUCUGGGAUUACAUGAAGAGACGGAAGGAUUUGAGCAAGCCUAUAUCCACAGAAGAUCUUUGCAACAGCGCUGCCAUGGUGACGCAGCUGGCCUCCGUGACGUUGCCUCUGGUCUCGCGGGACACAGGGGGAGCCGGGCGGAAGUGAGGGAGCCGCGGCUAGGAGGAGACGCUUGGGCAGAUGGUUGCCCCGAGCGGUUACUAUAGUGACGCAGCUCGCUCCCGCGACGUCACUUCCAGUCCCGCCGAGGUGCCUGGGGAGCCGGGCGGAAGUCCAGAUCGGGCGGCCAGAGGGAGAUGCUGAAGCAUGUGACUGUAUGGGGUCGGGGGGGUUUCUUUGCUCCAGUGCAGAACACAAACUCUAUAAAAAAUUGUUUGACAACUACAAUCCAUACAUCCGGCCUGUGGAGAAUGUUUCUGAUCCAGUCAUUGUCAAGUUCGAGGUGUCGUUAUCACAGCUUAUUAAAGUGGAUGAAGUUAAUCAGAUUAUGGAAACAAACCUUUGGCUGAAACAUAUCUGGAAUGAUUACAAGCUUAAAUGGGUUCCAAGUCAAUUUGGAGGAAUUGAAUAUAUUCGUAUUCCCUCUUCCCAGAUCUGGAGGCCAGACAUAGUUCUCUAUAACAAUGCAGUUGGGAUUUUUCAAGUGGAUGACAAAUCCAAAGCAAUAUUAAAAUACACAGGAGACAUAACUUGGGCCCCACCAGCUAUAUUCAAGAGCUCCUGCUGGAUAGACGUAACAUUUUUCCCCUUCGAUUACCAGAACUGCACAAUGAAGUUUGGCUCAUGGACAUAUGACAAAGCAAAAAUUGAUCUCGUUAUGAUUAGUUCUGAGAUGAACCUAAGAGACUUCUGGGAGAGUGGCGAGUGGGUCAUCAUUAGCGCUCCUGGAUACAAACAUGAAAAGAAAUACAACUGCUGUAUAGAAUUUUACCAGGAUAUCACGUAUUAUCUAUAUAUCAGACGUCUACCAUUGUUCUAUACCAUUUACAUGAUCAUUCCUUGUCUUCUCAUCUCAUGCUUAACAAUCUUGGUUUUCUAUUUGCCAUCAGAUUGCGGAGAAAAAGUUAAUUUGUGCAUGUCUGUCCUAUUAUCGCUUACUGUAUUUCUUCUAGUUAUUACUGAAAUUAUCCCUUCAACUUCCCUGGUGAUCCCUCUCAUCGGUGAAUAUUUACUCUUUACCAUGAUAUUUGUAACGCUAUCUAUUGUUAUAACUGUAUUUGUGCUGAAUGUACACUACAGAACCCCUAAAACACACACAAUGCCCCAGUGGGUCAAGAAAAUCUUCUUGGAAAAGCUCCCAAAAAUAAUGUUUAUGGCACGACCAACAAAAGAAGACAUAAAACCACAAUCAAAUGUAGAUAUCUUCAACAUAAAUAGCAUCAGCAGUUCUGAGAUUAGAAGUUCUAAUGACCAAAUGUUCUGCCAGGACAAUUCAUGCCCAUGUGGACAAAGGAAAAGAUUAUAUACCUCAGACAUUGCAUGUAAUCUUACUCGUGGCUCCAGCCUGGAAUCGAUGGACAAUCUGAUCUCAAAUUCACUAUUAUCCACAGAGAUAAUGGAAGUCAUUGAGAAUGUGCAUUAUAUUGCAGACAACAUGAAGAUACAAAAUGAAGCGAAAGAGAUAGAAAACGACUGGAAAUAUGUUGCCAUGGUGAUCGAUCGCAUCUUCCUCUGGGUAUUUGUACUGGUCUGCAUCCUGGGCACCGGUGGACUUUUCUUGCAACCAUUGUUGUUUGGCGACUGAAGAAGAGUUAAAUAUCUAAUAGUCUCUUUGUUGCAUCCAAACACAUCUAAGCACAUGAAACGGGAAUAUGUAUAAACAAGAGGAUGCUGCAUGAGCAUCAAAACACAUUCCCUAGAAACUGAACAUGUGAAUAUAGCCUGGUUUUGGAACACUAAAUAAAUGUAUUUUUUGUCAUUGUUAUUCAAUUGAAUGUUGAUCCAUGUAUGCAGUGGGGCCAUUUUUGACUCAACAGUGUUGUACUGAAGCCUUCUUUCUCUCUUGUGAUGACUUGCGCCAAGCUUUGCACCUACCUACACAUCGUGCUUUGGGUACCAACUUGAGAUUGCAGUGAAUGAAACAGAUAGGUCUAUUUAUGCAUAAUGCCAUAAAUGCAAUGAUGUGACACAGGGCAAAAACACAAGAAUAACAUUUUGCACGUGUGUCCUAGUCCUAGAUAGUUUAAUAAUGUACUGUACAAUGGGGUGGAAAUUGAGCGAGCACCAUACUUUUCCAUA